AUGGCGUCUAUGAUGCAACCGCAGAUCAUACUCUUGAAGGAAGGCACGGACACUUCCCAAGGGAAGGCGCAGCUCGUCAGCAACAUCAACGCCUGCACUGCAGUCGCGGAUGUGGUCAGGACGACCCUCGGCCCCAGAGGGAUGGACAAGUUGAUCCAUGAUGCCAAUGGGAGCGUCACCAUUUCGAACGAUGGGGCUACUAUCAUGAAGCUGCUUGAUAUCGUACAUCCUGCUGCUAAGAUCUUAGUCGACAUUGCCAAGUCCCAGGAUUCGGAGGUUGGUGACGGGACCACAACAGUGGUUCUUUUAGCAGCAGAAUUUUUAAGGGAGGCCAAACCUUUUAUCGAAGAUGGAGUCCACCCACAAAAUCUGAUACGUAGUUAUAGAACGGCCUGCAAUUUGGCCAUCGACAAGGUCAAAAGUUUAGCGACCAGCAUAGAAGGGAAGAGUCUGGAAGAAAAGAAAAGCUUACUUUCUAAAUGUGCUCAAACAACGCUGAAUUCGAAGCUCAUAGGUGGAGAGAAGGAGUUCUUUGCAACGAUGGUUGUGAAUGCUGUCAUUGCGAUUGGAACCGAUGAUAGGCUAAACAUGAUAGGAAUAAAGAAGGUUCCAGGUGGUAAUAUGCGCGAUUCAUUUCUAGUCGAUGGUGUUGCCUUUAAGAAGACAUUUUCUUAUGCUGGUUUUGAACAGCAACCUAAGAAGUUUCUGAAUCCAAAGAUCUUGUUACUCAACAUUGAAUUAGAACUGAAAUCUGAGAAAGAAAAUGCAGAGAUAAGGCUCUCUGAUCCAUCACAGUAUCAGUCAAUUGUUGAUGCGGAGUGGAAUAUCAUAUAUGAAAAAUUGGAUAAAUGUGUACAAAGUGGUGCCAAAGUGGUCCUCUCACGUUUGGCUAUUGGUGAUCUAGCAACACAGUACUUUGCCGACCGGGAUAUCUUCUGUGCUGGACGUGUAGCUGAAGAAGAUCUUCAGAGGGUUGCUGCAGCAUCUGGUGGAACUGUUCAAACUACCGUCAACAAUGUGAUUGACGAGGUUCUUGGGACUUGUGAGGUGUUCGAGGAAAAGCAAGUUGGAAAUGAGCGAUUUAAUAUAUUCAGUGGAUGUCCUUCUGGAAGAACCGCAACUAUAGUUCUGCGUGGUGGUGCCGAUCAGUUCAUUGAGGAAGCUGAAAGGAGUUUACAUGAUGCAAUCAUGAUAGUCCGAAGGGCUCUGAAGAACUCAACAGUGGUGGCUGGUGGUGGAGCUAUAGAUAUGGAGAUAAGCCGCUACCUGAGGCAGCAUGCUCGCAGCAUUCUUGGAAAGUCUCAGCUCUUCAUCAAUUCAUAUGCCAAAGCUCUAGAGAUUAUCCCUCGGCAACUGUGCGACAAUGCGGGGUUUGAUGCUACUGAUGUGCUGAACAAAUUGAGACAGAAGCACGCUCAUGCAUCUGGUGAGGGUGCUCCUUACGGGGUGGACAUCAACACUGGCGGCAUUGCUGAUUCAUUUGCAAACUUUGUCUGGGAGCCAGCUGUAGUCAAGAUUAAUGCUAUUAAUGCUGCUACCGAAGCUGCUUGUCUUGUUCUAAGUGUCGACGAGACUGUCAAGAACCCAAAGUCUGAGAGUGCUCAAGGAGAUGCUGCCGCCAUGGGUGGUCGAGGGCGUGGAGGAGCUUUCCGAGGAGGUAGGGGACGGGGAAUGAGAAGGCGGUGA